AUGCCCUUCGAGAUUACCACAAAAGCGCUCCGCGCAGACCAGCUCCCCACGCGCAAGGCCGACAUUGCCAGCGCGGCGCAAGAACUCAUCGAUGAGGUGCACACCUCGUGGAAAAAGGGAAAGUGCUACCAGUACAAGCUGCAGCACAACCCAACCCUGGACGCUGGGCCCGUCAGCGUCCAGACCUACAGCACUACGCGUGCCGGCGAGUACUGGUUGAGCCGCGUCAGCGAACACCGCCUGGAGCCCGCGGUGUACGAGCGCCUGGUCAAGGAGCUCAACGGCAGCGUCCGGGACGGCGACGGGUGGACGCUGCCGGACCGCAGCGCGCGCUCGCGCCGCGAGAUUGACUACAUCGAGGUCCUGAGCCGCGUUGACGUCGCCCAGACACUAGAGUCCGGCUGGGUGCUUGUCAACCUCGAAUAUGAGCUGGGGAAACCUCUAACCACGCGCGAGUUCAACGAGUGGGUCUACGUGCUCGAGCCCUCGCGCGGUGCGCAGCGCGAGCGCAGUUCCGUCGUCUCCGUCGUCGCAGACGCGCCCCUGCACGACAGCGUCGCGCACACGCCCGCGGUUUACGCCAGUGUCGAGCAGCUGGACUACGACUACGAGACCCAGAAGCUGAUCUGGACCAUGGCUACCACCAGCGACGCAGGCGGAAACGUGCCCAAGUGGAUCCAAAACACCAUGAUCGCCAAGACCGUGUCCAAAGACGUCGGCUACUGCUUCGAAUGGCUGGCUAAGAACAUGGAGGCUGAGAAGUGA